AGCACGUGUACUUCAUUAUUACGACUGGUUAAGCAUUAUUUAAGCUCAUUGUCUCGCAGCAGGUGCUAGAAAGCUGACCAUUCUUUCAAAACCAGGUAAAUGCGAUGACAUCAGAAAACUUCAUUGAAUAGCAUUUCUAAACACAUUAAGAAUAUUGUAAAUGUUUAUAAUUCGGUCGCCCGUUCCGCGGCUUUUCAUCGCAGAAAUUUGUAAACAACAAUUACAAGCAAAUACUUGCUAAUUGUUGGCGUUGCCUUGAUACUUUUGAACAAUUGCUGGGUUUCGAAGAUAUUUGUGUUUUCAAGAAGAGGACAAGUUUUGAACAGUAUUUCAAAUUACAUUUUGUAUGCACUUGGAUUAAAGUUGAAAGGGGAGAUUGUCGGAGUAAGAGGCUUCCGUAAAAGUAGUGGUGUAUUCGGACUUGGUGACAAUUGGAUUAUUUGGAUAUUUCCUUUCAUAGUCAUAGACAUUUCAGCUGAAAAUAUAUUGAUUACCAAACCGAUGUGACUUUACGAUCCAAAGAAAAGUCGUUGCUUUGCAAAGCCGGGGUGCUUCAUUUCAUCAGUGACCUGACAAUAGUAAAUGACUGCAGCGAGUAUCGGGCAUUAGAGGCUGAACUAUCAUCUUCAAGUUUGAAACUUGGAUUUAAACGAAACGACUGAAGAACCGUAAAAAUAAAUACGUCCAUUUAAUAAUCAUUUGACGGUACACCAGAUUCGUUUCAAUCAUUUCUAACAAGUAUUGAUAGGGAAAACUUGGAUCUGGGAGUUUUAACGCGUAUGGUAGGUGAAGCUAAAUGUCACUGUUGGAAUUUAAUGAACACAAUUAAGAACGUAUUGCUUCAAAAAUAGUUUAUUUGUGAAUUUGAGACCGUGCGGACCUCGGGAUAAAGAAGAUAAUGUUCGGUUUACUUCGUUUAUUUACAAGACGAAAGGAGGUGUCAUCUGAAGUGAGUUCGUCAAACUUGAGCCGUUGUCUGACGACCUGGGACCUUGUCUCGCUCAGUAUUGGAGCCACGUUGGGUGCCGGGAUCUAUGUUGUAACUGGCCAGGUAGCGGGGAGCAUCGCAGGCCCAGCCGUCAUAGUCUCUUUCACCAUUGCGGCCGUUGCUUCAGUCUUGUCUGGUUUAUGCUAUGCAGAGUUCGGUGCUCGCGUUCCACACACAACUGGGUCAGCGUACACGUACAGUUACGUGACGGUAGGUGAAUUCGCUGCGUUCGUGAUUGGUUGGAACUUAAUCCUAGAGUACAUGAUUGGCACGGCUGCAGACGCAAGAGCGCUCAGCGGUUGCUUUGAUUACGUCAUCGGACACGCGAUACGCAACUUCACCCUCUCCCACAUUGGCACAUUUCAUAUUCCUACCAUCGGGGAUACGUACCUGGACUUCUUAUCCUGUAUCCUCACACUAGCAGUGACCGGGGUUCUAGCCUCGGGGGUUAAACAGUCCUCGGUGUUCAGUACUGUAUGUAAUGUCGUUAAUCUUGCCGUUGUUGGGUUCAUCAUAAUCGCCGGUGCCUUCUACGUUAAACGUGAAAACUGGAGUGUUAAAUCAGGAUUUUUCCCGUACGGUGUCUCUGGUGUUUUAGGCGGGGCUGCGACAUGUUUCUACGCGUUUGUCGGUUUCGAUAUUAUAGCUACGACGGGACAAGAAACGAGGAAUCCACAACACUCUAUACCUUUAGCAAUUAUGAUAAGUCUCUUUAUCGUGUUUAUGUGUUAUUUCAGUGUUUCCUCGAUUAUAACCCUGAUGUUGCCCUAUUAUAAGCUGGAUAAGCUAUCCCCAAUUCCCAACGCCUUUGCGCAGCGUGGUCUGCACACAGCAACGUAUAUUGUCGGCGUCGGAGCAGUUUGUGGCCUUUCCUCAAGCCUCAUGGGCUCCCUGUUUCCGCUACCGAGAAUAAUUUACGCGAUGGCAAAUGAUGGUCUGUUGUUUGAGUCGUUCAGAAAAAUCAGCAGUCGCAGUGAUAUUCCUUUUGUCGCAACAAUUUAUCCCGGAAUCCUAACAUCGAUUCUUGCUCUAGUUUUUAACUUGGAUGAGUUGGUUGAAAUGAUGUCCAUAGGAACACUUCUUGCUUAUACCCUAGUGUCCCUAUGUGUUUUAAUACUUAGAUAUCAACCGAACACCCACCUGAGUCCCGGGGAUUCCCUCUCAAGUGGUAGUUUUGACUUUGGCGAACUUGCCCUGAACGAUAACGUAGACUUUGAGAAAAGAUCAUCCAAAACGACAGAAAAAUUGGAAACGAACGGAGUGGAAAGAAGGAGCAAAAAUAUCGUUAAUCCGAGAAAAAGUGAAGUCGCUUCUAUAAACGGUAUUGAUAAGGAUUUUGUGGAAAAUGUGUACCACAAAAAUGAAAAAAGUACAUUUAUGGAUGGUAGUUCUAAUUUGAGUUCGCUCGUCAUGGACAGUGUUAGUAUGUCUAAAAAGAAUGGAAAGAGUUUAUAUACUGAUGACCAGGUAUCCGCAGAAAGGACAGUUCUCAGUGAAAGUGAUUAUCAAAAUGAGUCAGUUUAUUUCUCAUUUCCAACGGAGAAGACUGGCCGCAUAGUAUGCUGGGCGUCGCUGUUGCUGUGUAUUUCAUCGUCUGCAUUCUUCGCCCUCAUAGUCCACGCUAUAGACUUCAUAUUACACAAGAACAUUGUGGUUAUCGCCCUCACUUUAAUCGUGGGAUUUUUAUCCAUCAUCUGUAUCGGAGUCAUCGCUGCAAUGCCGCAAAACACAACCAGGUUAUCCUUCAAUGUUCCUUGUGUCCCAGGAAUUCCUAUUUUGGCGAUAUUUUUCAAUACAUUUCUCAUGAUCAAGUUGUCACGAGUAACGUGGUUACGAUUUAUCGUUUGGAUGAUUUUAGGUCUGGCUAUUUACUUUCUUUAUGGUUUACGACACAGCUUUGUUGGAUUACAAUUGAAAAUGAGAGCUCACAUGGAACUAGAGCAAAGACCGUGUGUCCUGUCAAAAAAUCUUUGUCAAUUUGAUUAUGAUAUGGACGUGAUACCAGCUCAUCGCGAGCAAGACGGGGGGAAAUCUUCACCGAUUAGUCCCAUCUUCUGGUCCAGCUUACAGAAGUACCAUUUCUUCGCUAGCGAUUAUGAUGAAAAGGACGCCAAUCAUGAGAUGCAUUAAUAUAUUAAUUUGGCUUGAUAACCGUUACAACAAAUGUGGCUAAAGAUGUAAUCGUGUAGCAUUUGUGAUGCCUUGACACUGCGAGAUACUCUAUCAUCCCGUGGAUAGCAACUGCAUUGCAACUACUGACUCUUUUCUAUAAUU